AAGAAAAAGAAAAAAAGGAUAUAUAUUUAAUAAGAAUAAUAUAUAAUUUAACAUGAUUGUAUUUCUUUCAUCAUUUCAUAGUUUGAUAAUUUAAUAGUAUAACGUAACUACAUCGAUAAGAAGUUCAAAAGUCUCUCAGAGUUUUGUAAGACUAUUUAUAAAGAAAUAUGUGCUCGUUCAAAACAUCUUCUCUUAAUGCGUAAAUAUGUAGAAAAUUACCAAUGUUACCGUCAAUGCUUUGUCAAUUUUUCCAACACGUCGAAUCAUGUCUCAUAGAUAAUAUUCUUUAAAAAAUUGGUAUUUCCAAAUAAUCUAUCUAAAUCGAGCAAGUACCGGUUACAUAUCGGUUAAUACGUUCGCCACCAUUGACGAUUUUAAUUUAAUAAGAAUCUUUUUGCUUGGUAUAUUUUUGCCAAGAACAUUUUUACUGGGUUUUUCCAAAAGUUUCCGGAUAAAAACUAGCCCUUGAUGGCAAAUGAUUAUAUACUCGUACUCGUCCAAAUUUGCGGUUCUCGAUAAUUUUAAAGGAAAAAUCACAAGUGUGUAAGACUUGUAUAUUUUGUAUAUUUAUAAACUGGCACGAACUCUUUCCGAACAAUCUAAUAGAAUACCCUAGAGAAAAAUAAUUUUAUUAUAAAAAUAACGUAUUAUUGUUACUAUUAAAUUUCUCUUUAGAAAAAAACUUUCAUUAUAUUUUCUAUAUGCAGUCAAUAAAUCGAUGAUGUUUAGUGACCACUUGGAAAAUCCAGAAAUUAAUAGGAAUACUAGAAACGCAUUUAUAAAAGAACAAUGAAAAAGCCACAGACAUGUCGAAUGAUUUUUACAAUGAAAAGUCAUGGAGAAAGUAAUAAUGAAAAAUAUAAAAUUUGUCUAAGACAUUUGUCUAUGGUUUGAAACUUUUUUUUAACAUUAUUUCAUUUACACACAGAUUUAAAUAAGUAUACUUUUUAUACUCGAAAAAGUGCGAGUAAUCCGAAGGAGGUAUUUAUUAUUUUAAACUAUGCGACUUGAGAUAAAUUUAAGAAGAUCAUUAUUUUCAGACAUAUAAUAGUUCUUGUUGAUAGCAGCAAAAAUAUUCCUAGGAAAAGAUGUUAAAAAUGAUUGUAUAAUAAUCGGUAAAUAAUAAAUGAUAAAUCAUUCGAAUUUAAGGAGCAAUUUGAACCGUCGAGUCACAUGGGAGCGCCGACCAAUGGAGUGCUUUGUUAGGGAGGUCACGUGAGUGGCCGCUAUCGAAAGGAAACGAGUACAUUAAGCGUCCGCGAGAUGAUAUCGUCAGUCUACGUCAAGCGUAUACGAAGAGUGCGUGUUACUUUUUUUCUCCUAUGCUCAAGUGUCUCGUGUUUAAUUAUCUUUUGUGAGAUUUAGCGAUUGAUGAUUUUAAUCACUUAUUAAUACGUAACUAUCUUUGUUGAGAUCGUAUCAAAGGAAGUACAAAGUGGCACGCGAUGCCUACGAUCUACUGUUUACGAUUCAAAUUUUAAACAGCAUCGAGGAUAUAUGACCGAGAAAUAACAUCUAAAUUGAUUCUGCGGAUCUGAAAAUCAUUGGCAAGAAACAAUGAUUUUCAUAAUCUGGGGAAUAAUAUCGUUGUUUACACUUUCAAGAACUUAUAUCUCUGCUUUCGAAUGUAAAGGGGACCAGAAUUGCACGUGCCAACCAAAUUAUUCGAGUGGAAUAGAAAUUUUUUGCCAAGCUGAAAAUAAUUCCGAGUUCAUUCUAAACAUUUAUCCACAAGAUUUCUUGCAGAUCACUUGUCAGAAUUGGAAAGGGUGGGAGAAAUUUCGUUUCACGAGCACCCUACCUGGAAAAGAAUUAGAUUCGCUGCGUUUCCGAAUAUGCGGGCUAUCGAAGAACAUAAGUUUAGGAGACGUGGCCAGACAAAUGGGAGUGGAAAGUGUCAACACGCUUCUCUUUCAAUCCUACUCUAAUCUUGGCGAUGAGUUAACGAGAGAUCAAGUUCGUGGCUUUCCAAAGACGAAAAAAUUAAUUUUAUCCAGUAACGGCUUCUCAAAGGUCCCAAAGGAUUUGUUGAUGGAUUUCCCGGAAUUGGAAUGGCUUGAUCUACGUGAAAAUAAUCUCCAAUUACCAGUUGGUAUUUUUGAUGCAACUCCAAAUCUCAAAGUUCUCGAAUUAGGUAACAAUGGGAUGAAGACGAUCAAAACUGGGACCUUCGAUAAAUUAGAAAAACUUCAUUUUCUAAACAUUUGGGAUAACCGAUUGACGGAAAUAGAAACUGGAUUAUUCGACAAAUUGAUUUCCUUAAGAUCUUUGGAUCUAAGCAUGAAUAAAUUAAUGAUCCUAUCGCCGAACGUUUUUAGUCAAUUAAAUAAACUAGAGACCGUCAAUCUUUCUUCCAACAAUUUCUCUUCCCUACCGGAAGGACUUUUCGAUCAUAACGUAUUCUUACGAAAAGUCAAAUUGUCCAAUAAUCGUAGAAAUUUAACCACUCUGCCGGAUCAUUUGUUCGCUAAUUUGACAAAACUCGAAAUAGUUUCCUUGACAAAUAAUGGUUUGAAAGUUUUACCAGAAAAUCUAUUCUGGGGUGGUCAAUCGUUGAAGAACAUCAGUCUGGAUAGGAACUUCUUUUAUACUCUACCAAAGGAUAUCUUUAAAGGACUGACAAAUGUUGAAAAAGUCCAAUUGAGUUUCAACCACAUUGAAGCUCUUCCCGAUCGAAUCUUUUACAACAUGAACAAAUUGACUAAACUCGAUUUGUCUAACAAUCGUAUGGUUUCUAUAUCUCCAUAUCUAUUCGACGGUUUGAAAUCCCUGACCGAAUUGAAUAUGGAAAAUAAUCAAUUAAAAACCAUCGAUCAAUUGGCAUUUUCUUCCGUAAGAAAUUUACGAAUAGCCAAAUUCUGUCAUAACAAGCUUACGUUCAAUUUAUAUGGAAUACAGGAGGAUUAUCAGUCGCCAUUUAAUAAAUGUUAUUUACUCAAUGAAUUAUACUUAUCGAACAAUUAUAUAUCGACGAUAUCCAACGAUUGGUCGUUAAAUGCAAUGAAUUUGCACGUAUUAGACUUGAGUUAUAACGACAUUAGUGUUAUAUCGAUGGACGAUUUGCAAUUCGUAUCGAACAAUAUUAAAGUCAAUCUGACUAAUAAUAAAAUAAAAUACAUAUUAUUGGCCGAAAGUAUUCGAAUUUAUCAAGAGACUCCACGGGACGUUAUCAUCUACGUUGAACAUAAUCCCUUGAUCUGUGAUUGUAAUUUGUACAAUUUUUUACGUUAUCUCGAAGGUAGGAUGCAUCCAAAAGUACAAAAUUACUUUCACAUUAUUCCGGGAAAUUUAACGUGCUUGGAAUCAAAUGGAACGAGUGAGAUAGAAAUUAGUAAACUAAGUUCGAAGACCUUGAAAUGUGCCGAGACGGAAUACUUGCAAAUAAAAAGCAAGUGUCCGACUGGUUGUACCUGUCGGAUACAACCAGAAGACAAGGCUCGUUUAAUAGAUUGCUCUAAUAAAAAUUUAUCCCAAUUAUUAAUCGACACUACGGGAAUAAGCGAUAAAAAACCUGUCGAUGGUUAUCAUAUUAAAUUGAAUAUCAGUGGAAAUAAUUUCACUGAGAUACCCUCGACAGAACUUUUAGGAUCGGAAUACGUGACGGAUUUCAUUUUGUCCAACAACAAUAUCACUCGAAUUACGCUCGACAAAUUGCCCAAAAAUCUCGAGGUAUUAGAAUUGCAUAACAACAAUAUAUCGAGGAUCGAUUCGAAUCUACUGGACUAUUGGAAAAAUUCUAUUACAUUAAAGAGACUUACAUUGCAUAAGAACCCAUGGAAAUGCGAUUGCGAUGCUCGAGACUUAUUUAGCUUCGUUCAAUCAAAAUUAAUAGACAUUCCAGAUUUAGGGAAGGUCAUGUGCAAUAACAUGGCUAUUUCUAUGUUGGAGAUGAGCAUUAAUGACUUUUGUCCGUUCGAGACGAUGAUGAUAAUUGGAAUAAGUUUUACGAUAGCAUUAUUGUGCUUGUUCAUCGGUGGAUUAGUAGCAUUGUAUUACAGAUACCAACAAGAGAUCAAAGUUUGGUUGUAUGCUCAUCAAUGUUGUUUAUGGUUAGUCACAGAAGACGAAUUAGACAAGGAAAAGAUAUACGAUGCAUUUAUAAGUUACUCCCAUAAGGACGAAGAUUUUGUUGUGAAGGAAUUAGUACCAAAAUUAGAAAGUGGUCCGAGACCAUACAAAUUGUGUUUGCAUUAUCGCGAUUGGCUAGCCGGUGAAUGGAUUCCAACGCAAAUAACGCGUUCUGUGGAAAAAUCAAAGAGAACGAUCGUGAUAGUAUCGCCUAACUUUUUGGAAAGUAUUUGGGGGGCGAUGGAAUUUCGUGCAGCUCAUAGGCAAGCUAUGAGCGAAGGUAGAGCCAGAGUCAUAUUAAUUUUAUACGGAGAUAUCGGCUCUACGGACAAUUUGGAUGUCGAGUUCAAAGCUUAUCUAAAUAUGAACACGUACGUUAAAUGGGGCGACCCGUGGUUUUGGGAUAAGUUGAGAUAUGCAUUACCACAUCCGCCAGAACUUACCAAAAGCCUAGUUAAAAAGAAAAUCUUUGAGAAACAUUAUCCUUGUAUACAAAUCAAUGGAGAAAAGAAAGAGUUGAUAUAUUCGUGCGGAAUUCCCGAUACACCUAUCGCGACUACUCCACCUGCUGAUUCGCUUAAAAUGUUUAUAUGUGAUUCGAUUGAGAAAUUUCCUCGCGUUAACAGCGAUGAGAACGAGGUAACUAAAUUGAGUGACAGUAAUAUACCUUACAAUGUACCAGAAUGCGAAGCAAUUCAUAAGAACUUGAUCAAUAAAAUACAAAGCACGACUACCGUUUAAUUCCAAAAUACGUAAUAUCAAAUUGGUGCAAUGUUAAAAUAACUUUGAGUUACUUCAUUCUUUUUUGUUUUUUUUUUUUAUAAAUAUAUUAUACAUAGAUAUUAUUUUUAAGAAACAUAAUUAAUUUAAAUUUAAUCUAUUGACUGAAAGGAUCGAUAUCCAAACGAUGUAAUCGUAAUAUUAAUUAUAAGUAUCAUUUUUUUUUACCUACUUAUAUCUUUCUUUAUCGAUAUUUACUCAUAUAUCGUUAAAACAAACAUAUCAUAGAAAUACUGAACAGAGUGUGUUCAAAGUUGUCAUAUUUUCUUAUUUAUAAUUAAACGCAAAUACUCUGAAUGAGAGUAUGAGAAUUUUGAAACAACUCUUUAUUUUUAAUAUGCAAUAUUGCGCUUUAAUGUAAAUUACUUUUACAUUCCCUAUUAUUUUUUUCGUGUACAUAAUAAUCAUCUCGUAUCUACUAUCAUUUUAUAUGCAAUUUAUUAUUUGUAUAUUUGAAUCAAAUUUGUUUAGAAAAAGUAUAGUUUAAGCAUUUGUAUAUAGUUUAUACAUUUUCAUCGAAUAUCUAUAUAAACUAUAUCUUGAUAUCAAAAAAUAAGAUUAAUAAUAGUAGAAUCUCAUUAUAAAUAAAAAUGAAAAGCAAA